CAGCACGGGAAUUAAUUUGAAUGAAGAUAUUCAAAUGUUGUUUUAAAUACAUCCUCCAGCAGAAAGUUUUCAUCCUGUUUUUAACCCUAUGGCUGUUCUCUCUAUUAAAGCUUCUAAAUGUGGGAAGGCUCCUCUUCCCUCAGCGAGGCAUUUACUUGGUGGAGUACUCCUUAAGCACCUCGCCUUUUGUAAGAAACAGGUACACCCACAUUAAGGAUGAAGUCAGGUAUGAAGUUAACUGUUCUGGGAUCUAUGAGCAGGAGCCUUUGGAAAUUGGCAAGAGCCUGGAGAUACGGAAACGGGAUAUCAUCGACUUGGAUGAUGAUGACGUGGUGGCAAUGACCAGUGAUUGUGACAUUUAUCAGGCUCUAAGAAGGUACCAUCAUAAGCUCGUGUCAAGGGAGGAGAAGAGCUUCCCAAUUGCUUAUUCUUUGGUUGUCCAUAAAGACGCAAUUAUGGUUGAAAGGCUCGUCCAUGCUAUAUACAACCAACACAAUAUCUACUGCAUCCAUUACGACCUUAAGUCAUCCGAUGCCUUCAAAGUGGCCAUGAACAACUUGGCUAAGUGCUUCCCUAAUAUUUUCAUUACUUCCAAGUUAGAGGCUGUGGAAUAUGCCCACAUUUCCAGACUCCAAGCUGAUUUAAAUUGCCUGUCAGACCUUCUGAGGUCUUCAGUUCCAUGGAAAUAUGUCAUCAACUUAUGUGGGCAAGAUUUUCCCCUGAAGUCAAAUUUUGAAUUAGUGUCAGAGUUGAAGAAACUCAAUGGAGCAAACAUGUUGGAGACAGUGAAACCCUCUAACAGUAAGAUGGAAAGAUUUACUUAUCACCAUGAGCUGAGACGAGUGCCUUAUGAAUACAUGAAGCUACCAAUAAGGACGAACAUCUCCAAGGAAGCACCCCCUCAUAACCUUGAGAUAUUUGUGGGCAGUGCCUAUUUCAUUUUGAGCCGCACAUUUAUUAAAUAUAUUUUCAACAGCUCCCUCAUUGAAGACUUUUUUGCCUGGUCUAAGGAUACAUACUCCCCCGAUGAGCACUUCUGGGCUACUUUAAUCAGGGUACCAGGUAUACCUGGGGAGAUUUCCAGGUCAGCCCAGGAUGUGUCUGACCUACAGAGUAAGACCCGCCUUGUCAAAUGGAAUUAUUACGAAGGCUUUUUCUAUCCCAGUUGUACUGGCGCUCAUCUUCGGAGUGUUUGUAUUUACGGGGCUGCAGAAUUGAGAUGGCUCAUAAAAGAUGGACAUUGGUUCGCAAAUAAAUUUGAUUCUAGGGUUGAUCCUAUCUUGAUUAAAUGCUUGGCAGAAAAGCUUGAAGAACAACAGAAAGAGUGGAUCACUCUGUCUUCAGAAAGGGUAUUAAUGGAUAAAAAUCCCUCAAUCACAUCUUCAUAGUAAAAUGAUGAAAAUAUGAAGAUCUCUGGUAUAUCAGAGUUAAUACAGAAGUGUUUACUAUACUAUGUCCACUACCAUUUGAAAACAAUCUUCUCAUAGUUUGAAAGUCAUCUCAAACUCAUGUACUGAGGAAAGACAUCUAGACUUUCAUGUUACAAGCUUAGAGUUGGUUGGUUUUUUCAGUGUUUUGUUUUUGCUUGUAAUCUCACUGAACUAAAUCAAAGGUCUUAAAUAGUCAUUUAUCAAAUAUUUAUUAAGCACCCACUGCACACCAGGCACUUUUUUAGAAAACAUUCAGAAAUUAAAUCUAAAUUGUGAUGAGUUGCACAAUGCCCUCAGGAAGUCAUGGCUUACCCUCUUCAUACGCUGAUCUCCAUAUCUUCGUAUUCUCCACGUAAUGGUGAAGAUUCUGCUGAAGACAGAAUAUGAGGUGAACCUGUAAACCACCCACUUCAGAAUAGUAUGUAGAUUCAGUGCCAGCAUUCUGCUUGUCUCUUAAUUCAGGGUUGUAGAUGUUUCUUAACCAUUAAAAUCUUAGAGAGACUCCACUACCUCAGCAAAGCUCAGAGAAUUGUCUGAUUGCCUGCUUGCCAAAGCUUCAUUCACCUUUUGGUGCCUCAUUGUUCAUUUCAAGGUCGAGGGGACCAUGUGUAUGUGGGUGGCAGGACAGCAGCAGGGCUGUUUGUGAUGGGGGAGCAGGGUGGAUGUGCCUGAGAGGAAAACAGAGUUUAUUCAGCUUUUGCACCCUGUCACAUAUUGUUGUCAUUGAAGACUUCUUUUUUUUAACUCAACUGUUUCAGCACAUUUACUGACAGAACAUAACUGAUAAAAGUGUUCAAAGCAUCACACACCUAUACCUUAAACCUGAGUCUCCUUUUUUAGGUUAGCAUUUUAGGCAAAGAUGGAACACUCCCUGUGGAAUGAGUCCCACUUACGGAACUAUCAGUCACCAAUUUAUCUUGACAACGUUGCAUGAAAUGUAACUGCAUUCUGAACUAAUCAUUAUGCUCAUUUAAAAAUUUUUCUUUUUUGACCUUUGCGUAAGUGGAAUGCAAAUUUCAAAUAGCAAAAGCUCUAAGUUCAUUGUGGUCUUCUUCACAACUCAGAUUCAAAGAGAAAAAAGGUAACUUCCCAAGGACACAGCAAGAAGACUAAUGCUAUAUUGUGAAAUGCACACCUAUGAUAAUAUGUGUGUGCGUGUGUAUA